GUGAAACUUGUUCGCUUGUGGUUGCUGCGUUUAUAUGCUGGCGGACAGUGUGGCGCAGAACUCCAGCAUGGAUCCGCGUUUGUACUGCUGUGAAUCGGUCGGUGAAGAAAUGACACGAGCUCACCAAGAUCCCGUUUUGAUGCGAGAUAGAAGAGUUGUGCAAAACCUCCUGUUGACAGAGGACAAGUAUCUACCAAAUUCAGGGUAUUUUAAAUGUGUUCAACAAGAAAUACAGCCGUGCAUGCGGAAAACGGUAGCAAUGUGGAUGUUAGAGAUAUGCGAGGAGAUGAAAUGUGAAGAGGAAGUAUUUCCACUGGCUAUGAAUUAUUUGGACCGAUACCUUUCAAUAGUGCCAUCAAGAAAAGCUCAUCUUCAGCUUCUCGGAGCAGUGUGCAUGUUCCUGGCUUCGAAGCUGAAAGACUCUAACCCAUUAACAGCCGAGAAGCUGUGCUAUUACACGGAAAACUCUAUUAACUGUCAACAACUCAUGGACUGGGAAGUCUACGUGCUCAGUCGGCUAAAAUGGGACCUGUCGGCGGUGACGGCGCACGACUUUCUCGAGCAUCUGAUGUCUCGGCUGCAGCUGACCUCGGACAGAGCCGACAUGGUACGACGACACGCCCAGACCUUCAUCGCCCUCUGCGCUACAGACUUCAGCUUCGCGAUGUAUCCGCCGUCGAUGAUCUGCGCAGCGAGCAUCGGCGCCGCCGCGCACGGCCUCCUCACGAGCAGCAGCGGCACCAGCGCAGCCGAGAUGAACGCGCUGCUGCACCGGUUAUCGAAGCUCUCCAACAUGGAGGUGGAUGUGCUGAGGUCGUGUAUAGAGCAGGUUGAGGAGACGGUGAACACAAGUCUAAGCACCGUCGACCCUUUAGAACAGACGCCCGAGAAGACGCGGAGUCCGAGCGCCAGCCAACUACAGCCCGAGACGCCCACUGACGUCAGAGAGGUGCACUUCUGAGUGACGUCAUCGGCCGAACUGGCGCCAUCUGGCGGAGUCCGCGGGAGUCUUUCGGAGGAGCUUGCUACGGUUCUGGGUCUAGCGAGAGGAAUGUCCAGCUGGGCGGAAGACGCUGCCGCGAAGGAGAUACGCGAUGCCCACGGGGCUGCGAGGCAACGACAGCGCUGACCAGGCCAUCACUUGGAAAAGUGUGGCCUGGACGUGGAUCAAGCUAAUGGGGACCAAGCCUGCAUGUAGUGGGGCACACAUUUAUUGUGAUUUUGUGUUUUUACUAGACAGAAACGGGUAACGUGAUCAAUUAUACGCGUGUGCGCGCGUGCAUGAGAACCGAACCGAACGUGUUGGCCCUAACAAGUUUUGCCUGCACGCGUUGGCUAUGUGCUAUUAGCUUAACACACGUUUAGCUAACCGGGUGGUCAUAGCCGCAUGGCCUGGCUGUGAAGUUGUGCGUGUGCAUGCCGCAUGUACGCUUGCGGGUGUGUUGGUGGCGCUUCUUGGCUGCAUGCAGUGAGCCUCGCGUCGGCUAGCCAAGGCCCGUAGAGACGAAUCGAUAAAUACGAAAUAUAGAAAGACAGGAGAAUCUCGCCCGGCUACUGGAUGGAUAACGUGAAGGCGGGCUCCCAUGCAAAGCGCCAUCCACUGGAGCUGAUGUGCAAGAGCUCAGGCGGAGGCGCCAUCUGGUGGGGAAGGGGGUAGUUGUAAUCCGGCUUGCGGUCUAUAUAUGUUUAAUUCCAUCAGCGGAGAUGUAUGUAUAGUCGAUGUGAUUUGCGGUGCAAAUGUAAAUCUUGUAUAUAAUGUGAUAUGAUGGGAGCCUUUUGAGAUAUUAUUAAGGGAGGGCCGCUCCGUCAGAUCGGGGCGAGUCCAAGUGCACAAUCGUAGCGGUUUGUCUAGAGUAGAGUAUCGGGUUUUUAUCAAGUUCACCUUUACUGUGGUAUUAUGCGCAAUGUCAACCUAACGGGUGAAUACCAUCUAACCAUCCAUUCACGCGAGCGCGUAUUUCGUGCGCUCCCGAUCCAACGCACCUUACAUGACCAACCUUAUAAUACGAUGCUUUUAACUGCCGUUUCUCUUGAACCUGCUUUAGCUUGUUCCAUUUUAUUGUUACACUGCGCGGGGGUGCGCGUAUGGUGGUAUGUGCGUGCGUGCAUGUGUGUGUGUAUGUGUGUGCGUGUGCGUGCUUGCUUAUUCGUGCGUGUGUGUGCGUGGGUGCUUAUAUUCGUGCGUUUGUGUGGGUGCGUGCUUAUUCGUGUGUGUGUGUACCUGCGCAUGUUGACUACGUGUUAUGAGGACGUAUGUGUUAUGAGGUACGCCUGUAUGAGUGCAUGCGUGUAUGUAUUUGUUGGUGAGACCGCAUGGGCAUUGUUUGCAGUCGUACUACUUCUACUAGUGAUCUUGGUGAGGACCUGUACGCAGUCAGUUAAAUACAGUCAUGUGCUAGUAGUGUGCGAAGUACGUGUCAGGCCGUGUACUUCGUCUGUGUAUACCUCUCUCGUUUUAUCCAGUCAUGGUGAUUUUGCAGCUUAUCAAAUCUUGCUACUUCUUUGUGCAGUGCAGCAAUACGCUACCUCGUUUUCCGAACCUCCACCUCCUUUUUAUGAUCAGGGAAUGGUUUUAGACCCGCGCCGUUGUUACGAACAGUUGGAGCAAUGCAAUCUAUGCGUUCGUGGGGGCGGGGCGGGCUGGGUGG